AUGUCAUUGGUUUUCCGAGGGGUUUGUGCUUCUUGGCGAUCCGCGGCAACAGAAGCCAAGUUUGUCAAUCCCUUGAAGGGCGUUCCAUUGCUUAUGCUUGCGGAGAAAAAAGACAGUGACGAGCGUGAAUUUUACAGCCUAUCAAGAAGAAAGAUUGCUAUGAGGUUAUCGCUCCCGGAGAUAAAGGGUAGACGGUGCAUGGAAGCUAGAUUUGGGUGGCUCUUAACGGUUUCAAUUUCAGCUGUAAUUUAUAAUGGUGGUACCGCCCUAGGUUUUUGGAGGUCCGGCGACCUGAAAUGGACAGAGAAUGGCAAGUUCUUUGCGGUUGACGCUGGGGGCACAGUUUGCGUUUGGGAUGAAUCCUCGCGCAUGGUGACAUACGAUGAAUGUCAACCUGCGAUGGUUGCGGAUGUCCUGUUGAGUAUUCGUCAGCUUUUUGUUGGUAUUAAGGAAGCAUAUUUAUUAGAAUCAUCAAGUGGCGAGUUAAUAGUCGUAACACGGGAUGGCGUCGGAAGGCGGGAAGAUUCCACCUAUGGGGUUAAAAAUUUUGAGGUCAUUCGAUUGGAUGUGACAAAAUGCCUGUGGGAGAAGAUUGCUACCUUAGGUGCGGAUGCAAUUUUUGUUGGCCAUAGUGCUGCUAGGUCAGUCGUGGCUUCUAUGUAUCCGGAUGCGACCAAGCCUGAUUGUAUCUACUUUACGGACGAUUGUUUUGAAGCCUAUACCUAUUCUGAAACAUUUAGCGGAGGGGGUCGGCUCGGUCUAGGAGGGGGCGAAGAUAUGGGAAUUUAUUGUCUCGAAGAUGGAAGUAUACGAUUCAGUAACGUUGAGUCUUUCAGUUUGUAUGUCCACUGA